AUGGCCCAAUCCACCAAGUGCUAUCUCCCUCGGUUCGCCUCGGCGGUUGACGGGCCUAAACGGCCUGUCUCGAUGAAGACGAGGCCUACGGCCGCCCAGCAUGCGCAGUUAUUAACCGCAUGGAAUGAAGGCCGCCUGGACGCCACGCUCAAAGCUACUUGGGCGCUCGUGCUACACUACUAUAUCCGUUCCGAAGAUAUUUGCUUCGGGUAUCAACAUCUCGAGGGCGACUCGCGUUCCUCCAAAACAUCUGUACAGAGUUCGACCGGCGUGCACAUUUCGACGAUCCGAAUAUCCAUCGACGAGAACGACUCUAUCGCGGCAAUUGUAGAUAAGGUGCGCGAACACAGCGCGAAUAGACAGCUGAACGACAGCUCGGACGCCGCUUCCGAUGGAUAUCUUCCUUUCAACACCAUCUUCACGGUGCGCACAUACGACCCACCUGCUUCGCCUUCGAAACCCCUUUUGGCAACAGCUCUUCCGGACGAUUGUCAAGUCCGCCUUCAUGUUAAGGUCCUGCGUGGAGACAUCAGCAUCUUCCUUGAAUGGCGCAAGGGCGAUAUGUCUGGAGAUCAGAUGAAGACCGUGGCCUCCAUAUUUGAGCAGUUGCUUGCCAAAGUCCUUGCUGCCGAGAACACCGCUAUUAGCCAGCUUAAUUUGUUCUCGGAGAAUGAUUGGCAACGCAUCCGCAAGUGGAAUUCCACGACUCUGCAGCUUCACGAUCGUUGCAUCCACGAGGCGAUCCACGACCAAAUGCUGAGCGGACCAGACCGCGAGGCUGUGUGUGCGUGGGAUGGUAGUUUUACAUACGCGGAACUGGAUCACCAAGCCUCGAAGCUCGCAUGUCAUCUCCGCAUGCAGGGAGUUGGGCCGGAAAUCCGUGUGGCAUUGUGUUUUGAGAAGUCGAAAUGGAACAUCGUUGCAAUGCUUGGCGUGAUGAAAGCCGGCGGAGCUUUUGUCCCAUUGGACCCGACUCACCCAACUCCCAGACUACAAGGUCUCAUCGAAUCAGUCCAAGCCUCGGUGGUGUUGUGUUCUGAAUGCCUUGUUGAGAAACUUAGCGGUCUCGUCGAGACUUUAAUACCUCUUUGCGCUAAUACUUUGGAUCGUCUGUCCGACCCCGCGAACAGCGUGGAUCUUGCAUCGGGUGUCACAGGACAAAAUGCAGCCUACGUUCUUUUCACCUCUGGAUCAACUGGAGAACCAAAGGGAACUCUAUUGGAGCACCGCGCGUUCCUGUCCGGCUCCAUUGUACAUGGGCCGGGCUUGCGCGUUUUCCGCGACUCGCGAUGUCUUCAAUUCGCUGCCCACACAUUUGAUGCCAGUCUGGCGGAGACGUUGACGCCGCUCAUUCAUGGUGCAUGUGUGUGCAUUCCGAGUGAGGAGGCUCGGCUCAACGACAUUGUGACUGCCAUCAACGAGAUGCGAGUCACGCAGGCCUGCUUCACCCCGUCAUUCAUCGGCUUCAUUGAAAUCGAGACUGUUCCAGGGCUGGAGAGUCUCGUUCUAGCUGGCGAGGCAAUGUCUCAGUCGCAACUGGCCACCUGGUCCAAAAUCAAACUGGUCAAUGGUUAUGGACCGACCGAAGCCAGCGUGGCAUCCGUGCUGAACUCCAAUGUCACACCAGACACCGAUUGCAAAGAUAUCGGUCUGCCUGUUGGUGUGAAGACUUGGUUGGUGAAUCCGGACAACCAUGAUGAACUCGUCCCCGUGGGCUGCCCCGGAGAACUACUUUUGGAAGGCCCACCCCUGGCCCGGUGCUACGUGAAUAAUCCCCAAAAGACAAACGAGUCUUUUAUCUACGACCCUGCCUGGACAAAGUUGGACCCUGAAAGUGGUUCAAACCGCAGAUUCUACAAGACAGGUGAUCUGGUCAGGUAUAAUUCCGACACUGGUGCACUUAAUUACAUUGGUCGGAAGGACACUCAGGUCAAGGUUCACGGACAACGAAUCGAGCUCGGCGAAAUCGAGAACCAACUCAGUAAAGACGUGAACGUGACCCACUGCUCCGUCUUCUUUCCAAAGACUGGCUUCUCCAAGGGUCGGUUGGCCGCUGUUGUCUCUUCCACUGGCUUGCUUGCCGAACAGGCUGAUUCGGACUUGGUCCCCCUGCGACUCAUUCCCGCCUUGAAAAAGGCCGAGCUUGUCCCAGGUAUCCGAGAGCGUUUGUCAGCUCGUCUCCCUACGUACAUGGUCCCUGCGGUUUGGCUGUGCGUUGAAGCUCUGCCUCUUUUACCUUCCGGAAAACUCGACCGCAAGGGCAUCGCCACUUGGGUUGCAGGUAUGGAGACCGAUCCCGAUCUUAAUAAUACCACAUCUGCUUCCGUUGUCAGCACAGAAGCUUCACAGCCUGCAAAUGACAGAGAGGCAGCCUUGGCUGCUGUAUAUAGCCGCGUCCUCAACAUUCCACCUCACCAGCUUAAUCUGAAUGAAAGCUUCCUUGCCCUUGGCGGAGAUUCAAUUGCAGCUAUGACAUGUGUCGGCCUGUGCAAGAAGAGAGGCUUCGCGCUCUCGGUACAGGAACUUCUUCGCAGCAAGUCUAUCCGUGACCUCGCUACACGCGCAAAGACAAUCGAACACCUUACAACCUACGACGAAGCAGUUGAUGAACCAUUCAGCCUCUCGCCGAUUCAGAUCCUUCACUUUGGUGUUCGCAAGGAGGGCCAGGGUCACUUCAACCAGGGAAUUCUCACCCGCUUGAACAGGGCGAUCGAGGAAGGAGACCUCCGCAAGGCGAUUGAGACAUUGGUAUCCAGGCACUCCAUGCUCCGUGCGCGGUUCACCGACACAGGUCUCGCGACGGCAUCAAGCCAACACAUUACCCGCGACAUCAAGGGAUCAUAUCGAUGGCGAAUGCACAGUGUUGGUAGCAUGGAUGAGAUCAAGCACUGGGUCGCGGACAGCCAGUCUUCGAUCAACUGCUUCUCUGGGCCACUGCUUGCUGUGGAUUACUUCGAUGUGGAAGGCCACCCCCGCGUUCUAUCAAUGACUGCUCAUCACUUGGUCGUUGACAUUGUUUCGUGGAGAAUCAUUUUGGAGGAUUUGGAAGAUAUCAUCCUGAACCCCGAGAAGACUGUCAGCAAUGAUGGGUCUUUGCCUUUCCAGACCUGGUGCCGCCUCCAGAAUGAGCAUUGUAACACCCUGCGAGCCGAACACAAAGUUGCCACAGAUGUUCUGGCUGCCCCGGACUUUGGUUACUGGGGUCUCGAGGACAACAAGACUACAUACGGCGAUGUGGAUUGUGCGUCCUUUGAGAUCGACCCGGCGCACACCCACGCCAUUCUGCUGGAAUGCCACAAAGCUCUUGGCACUGAGCCAAUUGAUCUCUUCUUGGCAUCGAUGCUCCAUUCAUUUGGCCGAUCUUUCCCCGAUCGGGACCUUCCGACCAUCUACAACGAAGGCCACGGACGCGAAGUUUGGGACCCUUCCAUUGACAUAUCGCAUACUGUCGGCUGGUUCACCAUCCUACACCCGAUCUUCCUCUCUGCAUACAAGUCCGACGACCCCAUUGAUACCCUGAUCCAGGUGAAGGACCUCCGCCGUCGUGUCACAGACAAUGGGCGCGCUGAUUUUACCAACCGAGUUCUGCCAGUGCAGGGUUCCCGAGCCUCCGAGCAUCCCUAUCCAUUUGAGAUGUCUUUCAACUACGUCGGUCAGCAUCGGGAUCUGCAGCGGAAGGAUGGUCUCUUCCAGCUGGUCGACCAAAUGGCUGGAGAAGCUGGUCAAGGAGGCGGUGCCGCUGACUUUGGCAGCGAGACUCCGCGCUUUGGUUUAUUCGAGAUCUCGGCCAUGGUCGUUGCGGAAAAGGUCCGAUUCAACUUCUCCUUCAACAAGUUUAUGCAGCACCAAGAUCGGAUUCACCGAUGGGUUUCCGAUUGUCAGCAGCUGCUCGUGUCGCUCGCUGAACGGCUCCCUACCCUCGCGCCGCGGUUGACUCUCAGCUCAUUCCCUUUGCUAUCGUUGACCUACCCGACCUUGGAGCAAAUGCUCAAUGAGAAGCUGCCUCGGAUGGGCAUUGAGACCCCGGAUCUUGUUGAAGAUAUCUACCCUUGUUCUCGCAUGCAGCAGGGCAUUCUUCUCGGUCGCAAACGCGAUAGCUCUUACUAUGCCGUUCAUGACACAUUCGAAAUUCGUGGCACCGGAGCGACCGCGCCAAAUCUGGAGCGCCUUGUGAAUGCCUGGCAGCAGGUUGUUUCUCAUCAUGCCAUGCUUCGCACGAUAUUCGUUGAGAAUCUGACUCCUCGGGACCCUUUCUGCCAGAUUGUGCUAAAGAGUUAUGAUGCCACGCCCGUCUUCUUGCAGUCAUCAGGUGACAGCGACGUACUUGCUACAUUUGACAAGCAAGAGCCCAAGGAUUACAGCCAGUUUGCGCCUGCGUACCGGUUUACUAUCUGCCGAACUUCGACUGGCCGACUUUUCGCGCGCAUCGAGAUCAGUCAUGCUGCCAUGGACGGUAACUCCAUUUCGAUCAUCAUGCGUGACUUGCAGCUCGCAUAUGCCGGACGACUGGAAGAGACUCCUCAGCCUCUGUUUAGGGAUUACAUUCAGUAUCUGCAGGAUGCGCCAACUGAAGCCAGCAUCGACUACUGGCGCGCGUACCUCAAAGAUACCCAACCUUGCCAUUUCCCUACCCUCACUGAUGGCCAGCAGUCACCCAAGACUCUUAGGUCGAUCCCAGUCAACUUCGGAGCCAUCCAAGAUCUACAGAACGUGUGUGAAAAGCGCGGAAUCACUCUUGCCAACGUUUUCAAUGCCGCUUGGGGGCUCACGCUUCGCCUCUUCUGUGGAUCCGACGAUAUCUCUUUCAGCUACAUGGCUUCUCUGCGCGAUGUCCCAGCUGAGGGUGUCCGGUGGGUCAUUGGUCCGGUCAUCAACCUCCUGGUUUGUCGCAUGAAGUUCCAGAAUGAUGCGAAGUUGAGCGAUGUGCUCCACCAAAUCCAAAAUGACUACAUGGAGAGCCUGGAAUACCGCCACACUUCGCUCAUUGACAUCCAGCAUGCACUGAAGCUCUCCGACACCAACUUGUUCAACUCUGGUGUAUCCUACCGUCGUCUCCCGAGCUCCAAAGACGCCGUCAGUAGUGAGAUCGAAUGUGUCGAGGUCGGAGCAAUUCAUGAUCCCGCUGAGUUCCCUGUCUACAUCAACAUCGAGGCUACGGACACCAAAGCCAGGAUUGACCUCAACUACUGGACCACAAAUCUCUCAGACUCUCAGGCCACUAGUGUGGCUAGCACCUAUCUCCGAUGUCUCGAAAACAUCGCCGCGAACAUUGAUGGUGAGAUUAGCCAGUUGGAUAGCCUGAGUGACGACCACAAAGCCCAGAUCAUGUCUUGGAACAGCAAGGCCCCCAAGCCUUUUGAGAAAUGCGCCCAUCGCGUUGUCCAAGAGAUGGCAAAGAAGCGCCCUGAUGCCCUUGCUGUCACUGCCUGGGACGGCAACUUGACUUAUUCCAAACUGGACCAAUACUCCUCUCGCCUGGCAAGCUAUCUCAUCACCUUUGGUGUCGGUCCUGGAACUCUCACCCCUGUCUGCUUUGAGAAAUCUGUGUGGAACGUUGUUUCUAUAUUGGCAGUGAUGAAAGCCGGCGGUGGAUGUAUCCCCGUCGACAGCCCUCAGACCAUGGGACUUGUUGAGGAAUGGAUUGUCGAUAAUGUGGUCCAGGUUGCGCUGGCUUCGCCCGAGAAAGCCCAGAUCCUCGAGGAUAUCGUCCCCUACGUCAUACCUGUCAGCGAGUCUCUUCUCGAGUACCUCACAGAUGAGGUCCUUACCUCCGCGGCAAGUCCAUCCGACAUCGCAUUUGUCGCCAUGACUGCCGGCACCUCUGGCGUUGCGAAGAGUGUUAUUCUGGACCACUCAACUGUCAUGACCCGAGCUGAAGCAUUUGCUACCACCAUGGCAAUUGCCGAUGUUUCCAGGACACUCCAAUUUGCGCCUCAUACCUCCGAUGCAUUCAUCCUGGAGGCCUUUGGCACCUUCAUGUGGGGCGGUUGCCUCUGCAUUCCCGCUGAUAUUGACCCACUCAAGCUGGCCAGCUCGAUCAAUGUCCUACAUGUCAAUGUUGCUAGCAUAACCCCCACCGCAGCAAGCUUCUUUUCGCCCAAAGAUGUGCCUGGACUGCGGUCCAUCGCUCUCAGUGGUGAAGCAGUCCCCCAGUGGGUUCUCGAUCAUUGGCAAACUGAUGAUCUGCAGCUUCAGGUCUUGUAUGGCACAACUGAAAGUUCCUCCGCGUGUUUCCAUGUAUUCUGUUCCCAGGGCCAGAACGAGGCCACUCUCAUUGGGAAGAGCACUUCUUGUGUUCCGUGGGUUUUGGAUCCCUUCAACUCCAACUGCCUUGCCCCCAUCGGUAGUGUCGGAGAGUUGGCACUCGAAGGACCCGCUCUUGCUCGGGGCUAUCUCAAUCAGAAGUCCGCAGCGAGCCCCGACUUUUUCGACAACCCCACUUGGCUUCCGGGAAGGCAUCGGGAGGGUAGUCGCCGUUUGUUCAAGACUGGCGAUCUCGUUCGAUACAACUCCGACGGCUCCCUUGUUCUCCUGGGACGGAAGAGCGACCGCAACGCACUUACCAUGGCUAGCGACCUGAUCCAGACUCGGGAGCGCAUUGAUUCCUUCCUUGGUCCCAGGAAGAGGUGCAUUCUGGAGAGCGUUCAACUGGAACAUGACGGAACGAAGAUGCAUUCUCUCGUUGCCUUCGUGGUAUCGUCAGAUACCAUCUCGGGCACAUUUGGCGAGCCGGUCCUCCAGCCAGCGACUCCCGAAAUGAAGGGCGUUGUGUCCAGUCUGCACGCUCAUUUGAGUACCACCCUUCCCAAUAACAAGGCCCUCAAGACCGAGACACAAGGGCUGUCGAGUACCGCCCUCGAGUUACUCGACAUCAAGUGUUGGAAUGGGUCCAAUUCUGCUAAUCGCGUUUCGCGCCACGCCAGCCUCUCCCAGGCUAGCAUCACUUUCUGGAAGGAGUAUCUUGCUGAUGUCGAGCCUUGCAUUUUCCCCGCACUUUCUCACGAAGCAGGUGAAAACAGUCGCGCGAUGCGCACGCUCAACAAGCAGGCCGCCAACAUUCAUGCAUUCAGUCGGAUCUCUGGCUUGCCUGUCGAGGUAUUGUUCCAGUUUGCUUGGGCAGUCGUUCUUCGGUGGUACACUGGCUCGGACGACGUUUGCUUUGGGUAUUCCGCAGCAGCCCUGGAGGGGAAGAUUCUGGAUGGCGAAGAGCUCUCCACCUGUCGCUUCCUCGUCCAGAAUGAGAACAAGCUCCAAGAUGCUCUACAGAAAGCAAAGUUGGAUCUCAAGAGCAGUGUCGCUAACCUUGCUGCUCUGGAUGCCAUCAAGCAUCAGCUUGGACUCGAUGACAUGACUUUCUUCAACACCUCCCUCCACUACCGAACAGCUUCCAAUCUCGGGAAAGACAGUAGCCGCCAACCAAGCGCCUCCGAGACUGAUAUGAUUGUGGUUGAAACGGAGGUCUCGGACUCUGACGCCGAUAUUCACUUCACCUACUCCUCAGACACUCUCUCUUCCUUUUACGUCAGCCAUGUCAUGGAUCUGUUCAGCCAGGUUGUGGACGACCUAAUCUCCCAAGAUCUCUCUGAGCGCACAGUUGGAGACAUGGACUUAUUCCCCGCACGCUCAGUCCGCCAGAUUCGUGAUUGGAACGCUUCAUCGCCUCCGAGAGUGGAGAAGUGCGCCGACGAGUUAAUCCAACAGCAAGCGCUGCUUCACCCCCGCGCAGAAGCUAUUUGCUCUUGGGACAAGAACCUAACUUACGGACAGCUUGAAAUAGUCUCCAGCCGUCUGGCUCGCUAUCUCACAGGUCUAGGUGUCAAGCCCGAAGUCUUCGUCGUCUUGUGUUUCGAGAAGUCUGCUUGGGCCAUCGUCGCCCAGCUUGCUGUGAUCAAGGCCGGCGGAGCUUUCGUGUCGAUUGACCCAUCGCACCCAGAUUCUCGCCUGAAAAUGCUCAUCGACGAAAUCGGCACUCAUCUGGUCCUGUGCUCAUCUUCUCUCCUGGCAAAGGUCUCGAAGCUGGUCGACAAAUCCUUCGCUGUUUGCCAGACUUCCGUCUCCCAACUUCCUGACUCGCCUCUGGGUAUGCCCGGCACUCGUCCUGCGCCAUCGAACGCGGCGUAUGGCAUCUUCACUUCUGGUACCACAGGGAAGCCAAAGCUCACUGUUGUCGAACAUACUGCCCUUAGUACCACAGCUCUUGCCAUGACUGAUGCCCUGCGCAUGAACACCACAACACGUGUUUUGCAGUUCUCGAACUAUACCUUUGACGUCAGUAUUCUGGAGAUCAUGAUGACUUUGAUGACUGGUGGUUGUGUCUGCGUUCCCAGCGAGGAUGAGCGUAUGAACAGCCUGAGUGGUGCCAUUCGCCGUAUGGAGGCAGCAUACAUCUUCGCGCCCCCUGCCAUCGUCAAUACUCUGGAUCCAAAGAGCGUCCCAACGCUGAAGGUUAUUACCACCGGUGGUGAGAAGAUGCCCGCUAACCACAUUGACCGCUGGGGCGAUCGAUGCGUCAUCAAUGCCUAUGGUCCAUCUGAAGCCACAGUCAUUGCCACAGUUGGUGUCAAAGUUGACUGGGAUGGAAACAGGGUCAGCGAGGAUCCCACGUCCAUUGGAACAGCGCCGAAUUGCAGAGUGUGGAUCGUUGAUCCUAACAACUACAACCGCCUGCUUCCCGUCGGCGCUGUCGGCGAAUUGAUCCUCGAAGGAAGCAACGUUGCACGUGGAUACCUUGCUAAUGAGCAAAAGACAAAAGCCUCUUUCUUCCAGUGUCCCGUUUGGGUGCGACACGAUGGCCUGCAGGGUGUGUUCAAGCGCGAUGAUCGCAUGUAUCGCACUGGUGAUCUGGUUCGCUACAAUAGCGAUGGCAGUCUCGCCUUCAUCUCUCGCAAAGAUACUCAAAUCAAGUUCAAUGGCCAGCGGAUUGAACUCGAGGAGAUUGAACAACAAUGCCUUCGCUGCCUCCCUGACGAUUCACAAGUUGCUGUCGAUGUUGUCGUCCCCGGAGAACGGACCAUCGCCAAGGGUCUUGCUGCAUUCUUCACUGUACAGGACCAUGGUUCCAACGGGGGCAGCAGUGAUCAACUCACCACCACUGUUUCUGGAGCAGAUCCACUGCUACUGCCCAUCUCAGUAUCCAACAUGGAUGCCAUUCAGAAGUUGAAGAGUUCUCUUCCCGACCUUUUGCCCCAGAGCAUGAUGCCCCGGCUGUUCUUCCCUAUCCGGAACUUGCCCUUCACUUCCUCUGGAAAGAUCGACCGUCGCAGACUGAAGGCAAUGGCCCAGACCCUAUCCAAGGACACCCUAAAGUCUUACAUCACAUUCAAUACCUCUGACAAUAGAGGGAUGUCUACGGCUACUGGUCUUGAGGCACAGCUCGUGGCCCUUGUGGAGAAGACUCUUGACCUGGAAGUCGGUUCUGUCACCGCCGAUGACAGCUUCUUUGCACUGGGUGGUGAUUCCUUGUCUGCCAUGAACCUCGUUGGCGCUGCUCAAGCUGAGGGUAUCUCUCUUACUGUGUCCAGCAUCUUCAACUCUCCGCUUCUGAUUGAGAUGGCCAAGACUUGCGUCGUUUCUAGCGGAGCUGCUGAAAUCAAGAAGGAAAUUGUCAAGCCCUUCUCCCUGCUCCCUGCUGGAAUCGACAUCGACAACCUGAUGGACGAGAUUACCGACAACUGCGAAGUGUCGAAGAACCUUGUCGCCGACGUGUAUCCCUGCAGUGCAGUGCAAGAGGGUCUUCUGACACUCUCCAUCAAACAUCACGGUGCCUAUGUUGCUCAGCCUUCCUUCCGCCUUGCUGAUGGUAUCGAUGUCGGUCGGUUCAAGCAGGCCUGGCAACAGACAGUCGCUGACUUGGAGAUCCUGCGCACUCGCAUUGUUCACACCGACGCUAUGAAUUUUGCUCAGGUUGUGCUGAAGGAGUCUCCUAUCGCUUGGGUUCAGGCGGAGUCCUUUGAAGCUCUUCCCAAUGACUUCCUUCGACUGCCCAGUCACAAUGGUGCACCUCUUACUGGCUAUGCCAUGGUUCAGCCGCGUGGUUCCUCUUCCAGCUACUUCGUUUGGUCUGUUCAUCACGCACUUUAUGACGGUUGGAGUAUUCCUUUGGUCUUCCGCAAGGUCGAAGAGAACUACUUUGCCUCACAGACCAAGCGUGCUGGUGCCCCCUACAGCCUUUUCAUUGACUACUUGGUGAAGAAAAACAUGGCGGAGUCCGACACCUUCUGGAAGACUCAUCUAGCGGACCUGUCAAGCACACCUUUCCCUCACAACAAGAAUGCAUUGCCGGAUGCCGUUCGUGCUGGUAACACUCAGCAUCACUCUAUGGAGAUCUCUCGCACUCCCGAAAGCGUCGACUUUACCAUCCCUGUGCUUAUGCGCGCCGCAUGGGCAAUCGUCAUUGCCACACAAACUGCGUCUGGUGAUGUUUGCUUCGGCGAGACUUUGUCUGGAAGGAACAUCGAUCUCCCUGGUGUUGCGGAUAUUGCUGGUCCUGUUUUAACCACUGUACCGACCCGUGUUCAGGUCGACAAUGCGAUGUCCACUCUACAAUACCUGCAGAAGAUUCAUCAAACAACCACUGAGAUGAUUCCGCACCUGCACUCGGGUCUUCAGCGCAUCCGUCAGCUGAACAAGGAUGCCUCCACUGGUUGCGACUUCAAGAACCUGCUUGUGAUCCAGCCUGGUGAUGGCGAACUCGACAACAAGAUUUGGGUCGACGAGAAGCGUCAGACAAGCGAAGACUUCUUCACUCACCCUCUUGUUGUGGAAUGUGGUGUCACGAAGACAAGCAUUGCAUUCACGGUUCACCACGAUGAACUUGUCAUCAAUGGCUGGCAGACCAAACGCAUUAUCCAGCAGUUUGCCCAUGUCCUGCAGCAAUUGAUUUCGAUGCCCAAGAACACCACAAGCAUUUUGGGAGACCUGGAGGUUGUGAGCCCUGAAGACAAGGCGGAGAUCGGUACUUGGAACGAACGGACUCCGCUCACUGUCGAACGAACCGUGCAAGACUUCAUUCGUGACAUGUGUGAUGAGACUCCGAACGCUCAGGCUGUGUGUGCAUGGGAUGGUGACCUCUCCUACAGAGAAUUCUGGGAUCUCGCAUCCGGCUUUGCCAAUUAUCUCAUCUCUCGUGGAGUUGGUCCAGAAGUCUUUGUUCCAGUGUGCCUUGACAAAUCAGCUUGGGCAAUGGUGACCCUCAUCAGUGUCCUCAUCGCCGGUGGCGGCUAUGUUCCUCUCGAUCCGUCCCACCCUACAUCUCGCCACGAAGAGAUUCUGGCCGACGUCGGCGCCAACAUCAUUCUGUGCACACCCAAUUAUACCAAUCGGUAUAGCCGAGUUGUGAAGACUGUUAUCCCCAUCAGCAAAGACACCAUCAAGGCCUAUGGGUCCCUCAAGUCAACCGUCCGCGGCCGUGCUCAGGUCAAACCAUCCAAUAUGGCGUACGCUUUGUUCACAUCUGGUAGCACCGGUCGCGCCAAGGGCAUCAUUGUUGAGCACCGCAACGUGGUCAGCAGUAUCAUGGCUUUCGCCCCGUGGGUCCACAUGGAUGCAACCUCGAGAGUGUUCCAAUUUGCCUCACUCACUUUCGAUGCCGCUGUCAUGGAGACACUUGCGAUCCUCAUGUUGGGAGGUACAAUCUGCGUACCCAGCGAGGACGAUCGUCUCAACGAUGUGGCUGGUGCAAUCCGUCGACUGAAUGUUACUUGGACAUUCCUCACUCCUUCAAUUGCCAGCAUCAUUGAGCCAUCCUCGGUUCCAUCCCUCAAGCACCUGGUCUGCGGUGGUGAGAAGAUGUCCAACGAAGUCAUCACCAAGUGGGCCAACUCCGUUCACCUCAUGAACGGAUACGGACCAACCGAGACGUGUGUUUUCGCCGUCAUCGACAAUGCAGUGGCCGCCAACCGCGACCCCGGGCGCAUCGGUUAUGGCAUUCCCAGUACCCUCACCUGGAUCUGGGAGAACUUGCCCUUGAAGGUACUCCCUUGGCCCGAGAGUACCUCAAAAACCCCCGAGAAGAACGCAGAGGCAUUCACGACCGACCCCGCUUGGAUCAAGGACUUCAGGGCCACUGUUCCUGGUCCCCGGCGUAUCUACAAAACCGGUGAUCUCUGCUACUACAACCCCGAUGGUUCCAUUCAGUACAUCAGCCGGAAGGACCACCAAGUCAAAUUGCACGGCCAGAGAAUGGAGCUCGGUGAGAUUGAGCAUCGUUUGUCCGAAGAUACUCGCACACGCCAUGCAGUCGUCAUUCUUCCCAAGAAGGGCCCGCUCAAGCAGCGCCUGGUCACUGUCAUGUCUUUGAACAGUGUUGCAGCUGAUAACAAGCUUAUUUCAGACAAGGCCUGUGAGCUUGUUGACGAGGAUGAGCUUGAGCGCCAUGCUUACAAUGAGCUUGUUGACGUCCAGAAGAACCUCGAGGACCAGCUUCCCAUAUACAUGGUUCCGCAGACUUGGGCACUGAUCAAGAAGCUCCCCAUGCUGGUUUCUGGCAAGCUCGACCGAAAGAAGAUUACUGCUUGGCUUGAGGAUAUUGAUGAUCUGUCAUACGAGCGUAUUAUGGCGGAUUAUGAUCGCAUCAAGCGCGGGAAGACCGAGGAAAAGCCCCAAGAAAGAGAUGAAAAGAGUGGCUCGCUCAGGAUUAUUCGCGAGAUCUUCGCCCAGGUGUUGAAUAUCUCUUUGUCCAAGGUCAAUGUCGACCGAUCUUUCGUCAGCUUGGGCGGCGACAGCAUCACUGGAAUGGCUGUGAUUUCCCGCGCUCGCAAGCAGGGACUUGUUCUGACACUGCACGACAUUCUGCAAAGUCGCUCGGUAAAGGAACUUGCACAAACCGCCGGUACCAAGACACCUGUUUCUCAACGUGAAGAGCGAGCUGGGGCUGCUCGCUUCAACCAGAGUAUCACCGUUCGUAUCGUUCGCCGCUGUGAGGGAGAGGUCCUCCGACGCGCCCUCAAGGCUGUCAUCGGCCAGCACGCCAUGUUCCGUGCCCGCUUCAGCACAACUAGCGAUGGAAACUGGCAGCAGAAGACCGCAGCGGAGGUCGACGAAUCUUUCCGUUUCCGCGUUCACUCCGUCAGCGACACUCGCGCGAUGGUUCCCAAGAUCGCCGAGAGCCAGACUUACCUUGAUCCUCUCAACGGUCCUAUUUUGGCCGCCGAUCUUUUCAAUCUCCGCGCCGGUGGUCAGGUCCUGUUCCUUGUGGCUCACCAUUUGUGCAUUGACAUGCUGGUGUGCAAUGCAGUCGGAGAGGUCAGGACCCACGAUGCCAACAUUUCCUUGCCUUUCACUUCCGAGAAGCCAAACUUGACGUAUUGGGGCAUGCAAGACACACCCAAUGUCUAUGGAGAUAUCAAGAUGGAAUCUUUCACAUUGAGUGAGGACACUACUAACUUCAUUCUGGAUGGUUGCCACAGUGUUUUCCGGACAGACACUGUUGACAUCCUACUUGCUGCCAUCAUUCAUUCCUUCGGUCGGACUUUCACCGAUCGCAAGGUUCCCACUGUUUACAAUGAAGGUCAUGGCAGAGAACCAUGGGAAGCCGACAUUGAUCUUUCGAGAACAGUUGGCUGGUUCACUACCAUGGCGCCUUUGCUAGUGGACUUCGACGCUCGUGCUCUCAACGACAUCAUCAAGCGCGUCAAGGAUACCCGGCGCAAGAUCACAGAUAACGGACGCCCCUACUUCGCUAAAAGCCUCCUUCAAAACCAGGCAGCCGACUUCCCAGUUCCAUUGGAGAUCCUCUUCAACUAUCUGGGUAAAAUGCAGCAACUUGAGCGAGACGACUCCUUGUUCCAUCACCAUGGCAGCGUCUUCGACAGCUCUGACUUCGCCGUUGCGGGUGACAUGGGCCCUCAGACUGCACGCUUCGCCCUCUUUGAGAUCUCGGCCAUUAUCAUCAAAGGUCGUCUCAAUGUCGCAUUCACUUACAAUCGCAAAAUGCAGCAUGAGGGCUCGAUCCGCCGCUGGAUCAUUCAGUGCAAGCAAACCCUCGAGAAGGAUCUUCUCACACUGAAGACGGCCACCCCCGAGCCAACUCUCAGUGACUAUCCUCUUCUGCCGAUCAACUACCACGGCCUGCAAAUGCUCACCGACAGCACCUUCCGCAGGGCGGGCAUUCGCGACAGGGAUCAGGUCGAGGAUAUCUAUCCCUGUUCUCCGAUGCAGGAGGGUCUUUUGCUCAGCCAACUCCGCGACCCCAAUGCCUACAUGUUCCACACCAUUUUCGAGAUCAAGGAUGCCAAAUAUGGCAAGGUCGACGCUGAAAGGGUUUCUCAAGCAUGGCAAACCCUCGAUCUUUUCGAUCAGCUGGUGCUCAAGGACCUCCGCGAGAACAACAUUUGCGUGGAGUGCCGCGACUCCGAGGUCGAAGAGAAGUUGGCUGCAAUUUCUCUUCGUGCCUUGAAUGCCGUUCGCCAGUCCAAGCUUUCUCACCAACUCACUGUCUGCAGAACGAACACUGGACGUGUGAUUCUGAAGCUCGAGAUCAACCAUGCAAUCAUUGACGGAGGCUCUGUCGAUGUCCUCCUCCGUGACUUGACACUCGCUUAUGAGCGCAAGAUUCCCGAGGGACCUGGACCUCGCUUCAGCGACUACAUCAAAUACAUCCGGUCUCAGAGCCAAGCUGACGCCCUCGGUCACUGGAAGCAAUACCUCGGUGGAGUUCACCCGUGCCACCUUGCCCCAUCCGCCACAUUUGGCUCAAAGCGAGCGCUGAAGGGUGUUAUGAUGAACUUCCAGCGGUUCCCGGAGCUUCUCAAGUUCUGCGAAAGGAGUUCUGUGACCCUUGCCAAUUUGACUCUCUCAGCCUGGGCCAUUGUUCUUCGACAAUUCACUAACUCCGAUGAUGUUUGCUUCGGAUAUCUUUCUGCUGGUCGCGAUGCCCCUGUUAACGGUAUCCAGGAUAUGGUCGGCAUCUUCAUCAACAUGCUCUGCUGCCGUGUCCAGUUCUCAGACCACCAGACUUUGACUGAUGUGUCCAAGAAUGUUCAAGAUGACUACAUUCGAUGCAUACCCCACCAGAGUUGCUCUCUCGCCAGCAUCCAGCACGAGCUUGGCUGGCAGGGACAGUCGCUCUUCAACACUACCCUGUCAAUUCAGAAUCACUCCGUCGCGGGUGGCCCCAAAGAAAAGGGGUUGUCCUUCGAUCUUCAGCACGCACAUGACCCCAGCGAGUAUGCGGUGACUGUGAACGUUGAGAUUGCACGAGGCCAAGAGGGCAUUCUCUUGAGAUACUGGAACGAUGUUGUCUCAGAUGAGGAGGCACAGGCAUUGACUGAUACAAUUGCCAAGGUCUUCACUGGAUUUAUUGAGUCGCCCGAUGCGACUCUGGAGCAGUCCAAGUUCGGCGCUGAAGCUGCGUCGGAGUCAAUGGAUUGGGAUCGUUCCCAGUCCACAUUGGCCGACAAGGCGAAGUCCGCCGGAGAUGCGAUUGAUAGCAGUGCCAUUCAAAAAAUCAUUGAUGAUCGCGGUUUGUCGAACUUCGGUGGCCACACUGAGGCCACUGUCGACUCGCCAUACCAGUUUGGCGUGCAAGAGGCGGAUGAUUCGGGUGUUUGUUCGGCGACAUCCCGUUCCAGCGAGGAUGGGAUGUCGGCCGAUGUGGAAGGAAGUUGUGGAACCUUUGGAUUGGGCGGUGAUAGCAUCACCGCAAUGAAAAUGGUCAGCGCGGCUCGCGAAGAGGGCCUGGUACUUACUGUCGCAGAUGUCUUCCACAACCCUGUUUUCGCAGACAUGCUGGCGACAGUUCGGGCCGCCAACGUCACUCAGCAACUCCUCAAUGUCGAUCUCAAGUCUGGCGGUCACAAAGAGGUUGAUAGUGAUUUACUCAACAUCACGCCAACGACGCUGGGGCCAUCCCCUUCAACUGAGAACCUCGAGGUUCUCAAGCCGUCAUGUGUUGAUGAUGCCGCAGUACAGAGUGGUAUCUGCCCCAAGAUCGGUGUCUUCAAGGGUGGCAUCGCCGAUUCCCGAUGGAUGCUUAACUACUUCUACCUUGAAGGUAAUGGUCCCUUGGACCUGAGACGCCUUCGCGAGAGCUGCUUGAAGGCUGUCGAUGCUUUCGAUAUUCUGCGCACAGUCUUUGUGUGCUUCCAUGACCAGUUCUUCCAGGUUGUCCUUCGCAAGAUCCGUCCCAGUAUCUUUGUCUAUGAGACAGAUCGCGCUCUCGACGACUUUACUAUGACCCUGCAACAGAGGGACCGUGAGUACGGACCCCGCGAGGGUGAACAAUACGUGCAGUUCUACGUUGUCAAAAGAAGGGCAGCGAUCAGCACCGCAUUUUUGAUCCGCCUCUCACACACCCAGUACGAUGGAGUCUGUCUGCCGAAGAUUAUGGCUGCGAUCAAGCACGGAUACGAAGGCACACCGUUGCCUCCCGUUACUCCGUUUGCUGGUUACUUGCGACAGCUACCGGGUACAAUUACUCCGGACCACUACCGCCACUGGUCCGACCUUCUCAAGGGAUCUCAGAUGACCCAAGUUGUACGCCGAAAGGGAACAAGCAUGUUCCAGAACGUGGGUGCAUUCACCGAAAUCCACAGGAAGAUCGAGAUCCCACCCACUGCCCUUGGAAAUGUCACCAUUGCAACCGUCAUGCAGGCUGCCUGGGCCUUGACCCUCGCCAAGCUGUCUGCCCAAUCCGACGUUGUCUUUGGUCUGACCAUCAGCGGUCGCAACGCCACAGUACCUGGCAUCGAAAACACCGUUGGUCCCUGUGUCAACGUUAUCCCGGUUCGCGUGAAACUCAGCGAGAACUGGACUGCCCUGGAUCUAUUCCGUUAUCUCCAAGACCAGCAAGUCUCCAACAUGCCAUUCGAGUCUCUGGGCUUCCGUGAGAUCAUCAAGCAGUGCACCGACUGGCCCUCCUGGACCUAUUUCACCACCUCCGUCUUCCACCAGAACGUCGACUACGAAGGAACGAUCGAACUCGACAGCAACAAGUACCGCAUGGGUGGUGUCGGUGUCAACGACAACCUCGCCGAUCUGACCCUGGUCUCUCGCCCCUCCGGCGAACGCGGCCUUGAUGUUACCCUCGGCUACUCCGAAAAGGGACCUGUCAUGCCAAUGUUCGCAGAAAAGGCUCUCGAUAUGGCCUGCGAGAUUGCACAGUCGCUCGUAGCGAAUCCCAACAGCUCGCUGCCUUCCGCGAGCACGCUGCGUUCCCUGCCACCUCAGACCAUUGAUGACCUCCCCCGUCCAUCGGACGAACACUUCCUCAGUGCGCACCUCAAGUCGCGCUCCAUUGCAGAGCUGCUCGUGCACUCAGACAUCCUGUCUCGCUCCUGGCAUCAGGUCUUGCCCAGCCGCACCGUCCCAGCCACUGUCGACCCGGACUCCAAUGACAAGCCCACGCACCAGUCUGCCUUCCAGCUGGAUUCCUCCUUCUUUGACCUUGGCGGCGAUGUCUUCAACCUUGCUCAGCUGACCUGGCUCCUUGAACAAGAGGGUCUCAAGGUCCGUCUGGAGGACCUUAUCGAGCAUCCUUCUUUCCUGGGACAGAUGGCUGUGCUGGCUUUGUAUAACGCGAAGCAUCAGGAAGAGCCUGUCGAGCAUCUUGCGACUGGCGCUGCCUCGCCUGACCCUGUUUCCCGUGUCGAGAAGAAGAAGACAUGGGAGAAGGCAAUGACAUUGGCUCGGAAGUUGACUCGACGGAAUAACAGCAUCAUCUCGAGUCGAGCUUGA